UUCAUCCAGUUCACAGUUCUCUCUCUCUCUUUCUCUGAUCUGAGAGUUUCUUCACGCGAUCAAACCCUAACUCUGCUAGAACGAUAGCAGAGAUGAAGAUCAAGUCAAGUCGAAACAGGCGGAAAGCACAGCCUAUAGUUCCAUACUCCAAGAAGCCCCGAUCGAAGCUUCCUCGCCGGCGACGUUCUCAGAUUUGUCCAAAUCUCUGUACAUCUUUGAUUUCAAUCGAUUCGGAUAGGAAGACUAGUUCAUCCGCAUUUCGUUCUUUUCCACUGGAUUCCAGGUGUUCUUCGCACUGUCUGGCCGAAGCAUCCUGCAAUUCGAAUAUCGUCUCAGUCGUACCAGAUGACUUGAAUGUUAAGCAUCAAAGGAAGAGAGCUCUUGAUGAGAUCGCACCUUCCGGAGAUGCCGCUCGAGACGGUGAGUUUCGAAGAGUUACGAGAAAGUAUUGUAGACGGAAGGAGAAUGAGAGAAAAUGUGUUAAAGAUCUUGAUGUGGAAGCGUCUGAAUCAUCUUGCGUAGAGUCAUGUUCUGGAGCAGAGUGGAGAGGUUUCGAACAGGGGAAUUCGAAGGAGAGGAACACGGCCAGUAAAAUAGCUCAAAAUCUGAAGAGAAAAGAAGUAACGGAUGAUUCGGAAGCAAUCUCGCGGUCCGAGAUCUCUUGCGUCGAGCAGUUUCUGACGGCAAACGAGAAAAAAUUCUCAGAAUUUUCUGAGAAAAUUUUGGAGUCCACGUCGGAAAGAGCUCGGAAAACUGACAAUUCGUCAAAAACGGAAAAGAAUAAAGACAAUUCGGUCACAUCAGGGAUAGAAUUGUCCUCUGAAACAAAUUUUCAAAAUGCUUGUUCAUCGAUCGGUGAAUUGGAACCGGAUAGCAAAGCAACCGGAGACGGUGAAAACGGAGCUUCAGAUGCCAAGUUAUCUAAAAAUUCACGAAAUUCUGUUGAUCUGGAUUUCACUAUUUCGAAGGAAGAAUCAACUGCAGAACAGAGCUCAAAUAAUUCAGGCUGCGACAACGAUCUCGUUUGUACGGAACACCUCUCUUCUGACGACUUUCCCGACUACAUGUCCAGCCUCGAGACGACGUUUGCAGAUAUUUUCCCGGGAAGUUCAGAGAUAAAUUUCUCAGAUUACACUCCAUCGAUAUGGUUAGAAUCUGAAAGCCAGUUUUCAGAGAGGUCACAGGGAGAUUCGACGCCAUCGCCUACUUUCUCGUUGUUUCUUCAGUACAGUCAGCAAUUUUCCAGAGCGAGCUCUUCUCUGCACACCGGAGUUUCUUCAUCCGUUGAAAACGAAUAUAAAGAUGACUUUACAUUGCUGAGGUUCGAGAGGGAUGAAGAUGAAGAGAGCUACCAGAGGUUCAGAAACAGAGAAAGAAGAAUGGCGUUUCUCCACAACUACGCCGAGGACUACCGCUGCACGACUGAAUACGGCGAUCUCAUCCUCCAGCAACGGUUAGAGAUGGUCCACUGGAUAGUUGAGCAAUCUGCUACAAAGGAGCUUCAGAAUGAGACAAUGUUCCUUAGUGUAAACCUCCUCGACCGGUUCUUAAGCAAAGGAAUCUUCAAAAGCGAGAGAAUUCUUCAAAUUGUAGGAAUAGCAUGUCUUGCCCUGGCGACUAGGAUCGAAGAAAAUCAGCCUCUAAAUAGCGUUCGGCAAAAGACAUUCCGCAUAGGGAGCAACAUAUACAGCAGAUGUGAAGUGGUAGCCAUGGAAUGGCUUGUUCAGGAGGUCCUCAGCUUCCAGUGCUUCUUGCCCACCAUCUACAACUUCCUAUGGUUUUAUCUAAAAGCUGCAAGAGCUAGUGCAGAGGUGGAGAAGAUGGCCAAGUACCUGGCAGUGCUGGCACUGCUGGAUCAUGAUCAGCUGUGCUUCUGGCCCUCAACUGUAGCAGCUGGGCUGGUCAUCCUCGCUGCCCUGGCAGCCAAUCAAGAUGCAUCCUGCCAAUGGGUCAUGGAGACUCAUGUCAGAACAAAAGAUGAUGAUCUCCCAGAAUGCAUAAAGAGUUUGGAGUGGUUGGUUAAGUACGUGCGCUAGUUGCCAAAGGUGGCAGACAUCUGGAUCUCUUGUUCAUUAGUAAUUUCUUCCUGCUCGUUACAGAUCGAGACGCGGAAGGUCAUAAAAGCAAAGCCCGAUUACUAUGGUAAAACACGAACCCUGGCCCUUUCCAUUCCUUUCCUUGUAAGAGUAUAGGAAUUAAUCCUAGCUUGUUGUAAACUGUGAUAGUAGAAGAAAGAAUUGAUCCUAGCUUGUACCCAAUUUCAAUAACUCACCCAAACUUAGUUUGUUAACAAAAA